GCAGUUCUCCACGUCCUCCGCUGAGUUCAGAAGUUGCCACGAAUACACAGCGGCAUGAUGUGGAGGUUAGUGAGCUGCACACUGUGCCUCUUUGUGUCCGCUCAGCUCAGUUCAUGGUCGGUCCGGGCGGCAGCAGACGAGCUGGACGGCGAGGUGAAGAUUGAAGUUCUGUUCAGACCCGAGGAGUGCAGCCCAAAGAGCAAAAGAGGAGAUCUGAUGAACGUCCACUACGAUGGGUUCCUCGCCAAAGAUGGAUCUCAGUUCUACUGCAGUCGGUCGGACAAAGCUGGGCACCCUCAGUGGUUUGUGCUGGGCGUCGGACAAGUCAUCAAGGGCCUCGACAUAGGGAUGGAAGAUAUGUGUCCUGGAGAGAAACGAAAAAUAACCGUUCCCUCUUCGCUGGCCUUUGGAGAGAAAGGCAAAGAUCCAGUGCCACCCAAUGCCACGGUGGUCUUUGAGGUGGAGGUUUACUCUGUGUCCAGGGGACCACGCAGCAUGGAGGCUUUCAGAAAGAUAGAUCAGAAUGAAGACAAAAGUCUCACAAAGGAUGAGGUAAAAGAAUACUUGAAACUGGAGUAUGAAAAAGGUGGGAAGCCACGUGACGAAGCUUUCUAUGAGAAGAUCAUGGCUGAUAUAUUCCGCAAGAAUGACCAGGACAAAGACGGACAUAUCAGCGCGAAGGAGUACAAUAUUUAUGAACACGAUGAGCUCUAGAGGUAGAAGUAGUGGCUCUUUUUUUUUACAUUUUAUGUGCUUUGAUCAAUUAGAGAAAACAUGAAUACAUAAAAGGAAAACUCCACUGUCUGAGUUCUCACACGGUUAGACGUUAAAUUAGGAUUUUCAGUUUAGUCUGGGUUUUAUUUUGUGAUGAAACUUUACCUUUUUAGCUUUGUACCAACUUUACUUCAACAUGCCUCAUCACUUCUACUUCAGUUAGCGGUUUCCUACUGUUUCCCAGAAUGCCUUUUGAAACCCCCUGCGCUACUGUAGAAGUAAGAAAAGAGUAUCUGUUCCUCUUCUGUGGUUGAUUUUGCCCUGUAUAAUUCUUCAGCAUGAGUUCAAUGGCACGAAUAAAAAGAGAAGUUUUGGAUCUUUGAGUGACUCCAAAACCUGCCGUCUUUAUUGCUAAGCAGUGAAUAUCACAAUGAGAUACCACAUUGUCAGGGCGGAUUUUCCCUUUAAAGGACCAGUGUGAAGGAUUUAGUGGCAUCUAGUGUGUGUGUAGUUGCAGAUUGCGACCCCCUUGCCUCAACCUUUAAAACUCGUGAAUGGCCCUAUCUAGAGCCAAGGUUUGGUUUGUCUAUUCUGGGCUACGGACUCCGUAGAAAAAGACCUGCUCCCCCUAUAGAUUAAAAUAACUAAUUCUAAGGUAACAAAAACAAAUGUAUUCUUAUUUUUGGGUGAUUUUACACUAAUGAAAACAUACUUAUGAAUAUUUUAUUCAGUUUCUGCCAAUAGAUCCUCCUAAAUGUUACACACAGGUCCCCAAAAUCUUUCCAACCCGGCGAACUAGCCUCUUAAUUCAACUAUGAAUUUAAGAACAUCUCCGACACCUGUGAAAACUUUGACUUUUGUGCAAAUACCACUAAAUCUGAGCAUUUUAAAUGUUUUAUUUCUGUCUGUGAACAUUGAUUCAGUUUGCAGAACCCACAAGAUUGCACAGUGUUGUGGGAUCAGUGAAACUGUAACAUGACUGUCAUGUGAGAUUUUAGAAAACCAGUUUAACCACAGACACAAGAAAAAUGAGCUUUAAUUGUCCCGCCUCCCUGUGAAUUUCCUGCCCUCUAAUCUGCAAUAUCACACCAGAUUCACAGAUAGAGUCAGAUUUAAAUUAAAGAAAGUGACUGCGAAGACUCAUCUUUUCUUCCUCAGUUAGGAUGUCCAAAUGUGUCUGUUCUCUGUGGAGAAGUUUGAAUAUAAUUGAUGAUAAAAUGCACAUGGAUGCGUGUUGUUGUUUUUCAGAUAUGUUUACAAGUUCUUUUGUACAUCUUUAUGUGGUCAAACUAAUGAUUAUCAUUGUAUCCAGUUGAACAGUUGUUGAAUUCAGUAACACAAUAAAUAAACCAUAGUGUGUGUGUGUGUGUGGAAAACUA